AUGGCGACGGCUCCACCAUCCUCGUUAUUAACGAGUUUAACGGGCGUCUGGAGCCUCUUAGCUCUAAGAAGCGAUGUGGACGAUAUCAUUAUCGAACUACUCGGGCGCUUCGAUUUGGAGAAGAUCUACGCAGACUCAAACAAGGACAAGUACGCGGACUUGAUUCUCUCUUUACUCGCUCAGCUUGACGUGAUCUUCUUCAUCCAGCGACUCACUUUACCAGCCCCAGCACGAUCACCAGUUGGAUGGUCUCUUGGAUUUCUCGUCAGUUGGGAGGUGACUGUGCGUACCGUUGAAUUUAUUCUUCAGACCGUACUAGACGCUCGUGAAGUACUGUGGGAUACCUCCUUUCGCGACGAAUAUCUAGCACGGCUGUUACUAUCGACAGUGCGUAUUCUCUUGCUUCACCCCAAACCUCCAGUGAAUUCAAAGGCAAGAGACCGUCGAGACCGGUUCGCGCGCAUCCAGCGGUCCUUGGAAAGAAUAUGCGACAGUUACCCCGAUACAAAUUCAUCUCUACUAGCCGUUUGUAGAGCUAUCGCAGACACACUAUGCUCCGCACCCGAUGCAUUGACACUACCAACUAGACUAAAACAGGAGCUUCCAUCUUUGACAGAGGAUUUGUAUCCAUUGCCCGACUGCCUUUCAUCGUCCUCCAUUGCAACUAUUAUACCUCAAAAUGGCUCACCGCAGAAUUGGUUAUCACAGCUACUGGCUCUUUACGAUGUCGCACACUUUGUUGUCGGCGCGAACGUCCAAUUCGCGGUCAACAGUCAAAAGCUGGGCGACACGGAAUUGGAAGCGGCCUCGAAGAAAACUCGCGACGCAGUCUUGUACGCAAUCAAUCGCAUUAGGUCCCCGCCAAAUCUUCCUCCAGCAAAGCUUGUACCGGUCAUCAGUGAAUCUUUUCGCAUGAUUCUACCCGAUACCCCCGUGAUGCAGCACGGAGCCGACAGCCAGGACCGGGAUGGGAACAUAUCAGAUGCUUGGGACAUGCUGCGUGAAAAGCUCAGUUACCGUCAGAUGAUUCACCGCAUCAGUGAUCGAGCUGUAAUGCAUAAUGUGUACCAGAUCACGAGGUAUAUUGAGCUCCUGGAUGAUCCCAGUGACCAGUUGAAGUCGACCAGUCCACGAUUAUACGCGGUGAAUUGCCAACAGUGCCAUUUGAUUGGAUAUUCCCAAGUCAAGAAUAUAGAGCACAUGGGCCCGAUCACAGAUGAUACUGGUAAAGGACACGAAAUCACUUUGCCACAGGACUCCACGUGCACCCUUUGUGGAUCCAAAGUCACCAUGUUACGUGAGGUACCACUUGCUCGAUAUACAUGGGAGAGUCUCAAGUCAAUUAUCCCGAACGUGGAAGGAGUCAAUAUGGAACGGCAUCUCCCUACACAAUUUCAGCUAUCACCACCCAAGGCCGAUCAGCUACGCCGGGGCUCGGAAGGAACACAAGGGGGCUUGUCGUCCCCAGCACCGUUCAGCAUCCCACAGAGACGAUGGAACGGUAGUCGCACAGAUUCUUCCGAGAAUUUGUUCUCUCCCAGUAAUCGAAAAAUGAGCGACACUUCGCCGCCGCCGAGGACACCUAGGGCCGUAACCGGAGAACAUCCCUUCUCAGCAGACGAUGUAGGUGAGCCUUUCUCCAGGACAACAUCGGUUGAACAAUUCAGCAACAAAGGCGUCACGUUUACGACCAAAAGCUUGUCAUCGAGUAGUGGGACUCGAACACUCUCGCCCCCUGAUCGAUCGAAUAAAUCUUCAAGGUGGAAAUCACGGUUCAACAUGGCUAGAAAGGAUACAAAGGACUCAGCAGAUACAAGCUCUCUAUCUUCAGCUACAUUAGAGUCGCAGAGACCGGAGGGGAUUGAUUUGAGAGCUUUAGUCAAUCGAACGAAGGAUGGCACGAAAGGGAAGUCCGGUCAGAAUAUCAACGUUUCUCUUUCGCAGGACUCGACCUACACGCUAUUCUGGACGCAUUCGAGUAUCCAGAUUUGGGAUGUCAGCACAUGUCCUGCCAGCUUCAAACAUUCAGUCUCAACAGAAGGAUUCUGCGUUCUAGCUACUGUCACUGGGCAGUACUUGGCGUACAUGAUUGGCGAUAGAGAUCAAAGGUUGACGCUGCGAAUCAAAAAUCUUGGUCAAAUGUCAUUCAGCGCGAUUGAGUAUCGAAUGAGGCCUUCACCCUGGUGUAGGUGCAUGGCACUCUCCCCAACCGGAGGCUUUGUCGCCGUGGGAUUCGAGAACGCAACUGUCGGCCUGUAUAACUCUUUCGAUUCCCAGUCUCCCCGGCCAUAUCGACUUCAUGCUCGUCAUCACCAGGAUUGCAAAGACUGUCCUCCUGUCGACACGGUAUCGUUUUCGAACGAUGGGCUCGUUCUUGUUGCUAGUACCAGGAGCACAAAGAAUGGAACCAUUCAGGUGUACCGGUCACGAUUCCCAUUCUCGGAGUUCGAGGAGCUCGUACCAUGCCGAUAUCGCGUUCCUCUUCACGAGUCAGAAGACAACGGGGUGUCAUCCGUAACUUUCCAGCCUGGGACAGAUGGGAGAGAAGACAUUGUCUGUAUUACAACAUGGACACAGUCCGGCGUCCCUGUGCUCGUUCAGCCUAACGGCCACAAAACGGAAAUCCAGUCACAAAGCUCGUCUUCCAACCGGCAGGGCAAAUUGGGUCGUCGUAUCCAGGCAUCGGCUUUCGCCCCAUCCGGACGAGAGCUGGCGUUAGUCAAUGAUCAAGGCUACGUCUAUCGAAUAUCUGACCUAAGUUCAAGCCCAAUGGAUAUUCGAAGGGUUGCAACAUCUAAGGCCUUUCCAAUCAAGUCAGAUUCUUUUGCACUCGCGUUCGUGCCGCUUCAAGACGAGGAGACGAUCAUUAUUUCGUGGUCUGAUUCAUCAAAAGCUCUGGGCUACGUGAAAAAGAUACCAAUAGUACCAACGGGUGAAAUUUACCAUUCUCCAAAGUCAAACUUCUUCGACGUCAAUGUUAAUCCUCACCCUGCCCAGUCGGAACUUCCAGAACGCGAAUUCAAGGAGCCAGAAAAACCUCGCAUUUUCCAGAAGCCUCCUGUAGAGCUUGAGGCGUCCGAGAUUGAUUUGAGCUCUAAUAAGCGAGCUUCGAAGACGGGAUUUUUAGGAUCACUCUAUGGCAAAAAAUGA